AUAAUAACUAGGAGUAUAGUGUCUUUAUUUUUUCUGUGAACUGAGAGAAAAAAAAAAGUCAAUACUUGAGCACUAUGUCAGAGAAUUUUUUUGAACAUAUUGAUAAACAAUCAGAGUCUCCUUAUCCUGUGUGGGCACUAUCUGCUUUUAAUUUGGCUACCGUUCCUGCAUCUUUUCGUAACGCACCUGGUUUACCACACCCCAUCGUUUCAAUAGCCUUUUCAGCCAUUUUUGCUGGUGCAGGAUAUGUAGUGAAUACGGGUGAUAGUGACAAUGGUUCUGGUAUUGCAACAGCUUGGGGUUUAUCAUGGGCAUUUUUGCAUGCUAAAAAGGCCAUCUUGUCUCGUAAGCCAUUACCACUUGCCUUACUUGGAGCAGUGACAGUAAAUACAUAUAUUUAUGGUAAAAAGACGCUCAAAGUCAAUGGUUAUCUUUAA